AUGGUUCCCAAAAUAUUUUGUUUCCUUCAGCUUUUCACUCUCUUCACUGUUACUUUUGCUUCCACUGAGGAAGCAACUGCUCUCCUCAAAUGGAAAGCAACUUUUCGAAACCAAAAUAAUUCCUUAUUGGCUUCAUGGACACUAACUACUGAUGCAUGCAGGGGUUGGUAUGGAGUUAUAUGCUUUAAUGAUCGGAUAAACAGGUUGAAUAUUACAAAUGCUGGUGUCAUUGGUACACUCCAUGAUUUUCCAUUUUCAUCUCUCCCGUUUAUCGAAUAUGUUGAUCUUAGCAUGAACCAGCUCUCUGGUAUCAUCCCCCAUGCAAUAGGAAACCUCACUAAUCUUGUCUAUCUUGACUUGUCGUCUAAUCAGUUUUCGGGGAAAAUCCCACCUCAGAUUGGCUCGCUAUCAAAGGUUAAGACUCUCUUCAUCUUUGACAACCAUUUAAAUGGUUUCAUUCCUAUUGACAUAGGUAACUUAACUGAGCUCGAAACUCUGCAGCUUUAUUCGAACCAACUUUUUGGUCCCAUUCCUAGUGAAUUGGGGAAUCUAAAAAACCUCAAUGAUUUGGAGCUAUCCCGUAAUAAACUUACUGGUUCAAUUCCAAUUACUUUAGGUGACUUAACUGAGCUCAAAAUUUUGUACCUUCAUUCUAACCAACUUUCUGGUCUCAUUCCUAGUGAGUUGGGGAAUCUGAAAAACCUCAUUUUUCUGGAUUUAUGUAAUAGUCAACUUACUAGUUCAAUUCCAAUUACUCUAGGUAACUUAACUGAGCUUAAAAUUAUGUACCUUUAUUCUAACCAACUUUCUGGUCCCAUUCCUGUAGAAAUAGGGAAGAUGAAAUCACUUGAGAGAUUAUCCUUAUGGAGUAAUAAUCUUUAUGGUCCAAUUCCAAUCACUCUGGGUGACUUAACUGAGCUCAAAGUUCUGCAUUUUUUUUCUAACCAAUUUUCUGGUCCCAUUCCAAGCGAAUUGGGAAAUUUGAAAAACCUCACUAAUUUGGAUUUGUCUGAUAAUCAGCUUACUGGUCCUAUUCCUGCUUCCUUUGGCAAUUUGAGAAACUUGCAGUCACUAUAUCUCACUGCCAACAAACUUUCUGGUUCUAUUCCAAAAGAACUUGCAUAUUUGGAGAACUUGGUUGUGCUGGAAAUGGAUGAAAAUCAGUUUUCAGGCCAUUUGCCUGAGUAUAUUUGCCAAGGCGGGAAACUUAAGAAGUUCACGGUGGCUAGCAACAAGCUGACAGGGAAAUUACCAAGAAGCUUAAGCAAGUGUUCGAGUUUCAAAAGGCUGCGCUUCAAUAAUAACAGUUUUACUGGGAAUUUAUCUGAAGCUUUUGGCAUCCAUCCAAAGCUUCAGUUCAUUGAUUUGAGUGACAAUGAUUUUCAUGGUGAACUCAACAGCAACUGGGGGAAAUGCGAAAAUUUGACUGAUCUGCGUGUAGCCAGAAAUAACAUUAGUGGUAGCAUACCACCAGAGAUUGGAAAUGUCAGAGGGCUUUUAGGACUUGAUCUUUCAUCAAAUCAUUUGAUUGGGCAGAUUCCAAAGGAAUUUGGAACAUUAAUUUCUCUGGUUAAGCUCUGUGCAGAACAACAAUAUCUCUGGCAAUAUCCGGGGGGAACUUGGGUCACUGACAAAGUUAGAGUCCCUCGAUCUAUCAGACAACAGAUUGAAUGGGUCAAUCCCGACAUGUAUAGGAGAUUUCGUGCACUUGUUUCAGUUGAACCUGAGCAACAACAAGUUUGGCCAGAAUAUUCCUAA